GACGUGGACGCGGCAGCGGGGCCUCCCUCUCAGUGAGAGAGAGAGAGAGAGAGGCAGGCGGAGAGGGAAGCGUGUGUGUAUGUGAGAGAGAGCAGGGGGUCCUUCUCUUACCCCGCUCCACCCGGGGCCCUGGCUGGGCCGGCCUGGGCCUGGUCGCCGUUGCCCCAAGCGCCGCGGAGCCAUGGCCGGGACGACGAGCAGCCCGGAGGCCGUGAAGAAGCUGCUGGAGAACAUGCAGGGCGACCUGCGGGGCCUCAGCCUGGAGUGCCGCAAGAAAUUCCCGCCCGUCAAGGAGGCUGCUGAAUCAGGAAUAAUAAAAGUAAAAACGAUAGCUGCAAGAAACACUGACAUUUUGGCAGCUUUGAAAGAGAACAGCUCAGAAGUGGUUCAGCCUUUUCUGAUGGGCUGCGGAACAAAGGAACCAAAGAUAACUCAAUUAUGUUUAGCAGCUAUACAGAGGCUCAUGUCUCAUGAAGUUGUUUCAGAGGUUGCAGCUGGGAAUGUUAUUAAUAUGCUUUGGCAACUCAUGGAAAAUAGCCUUGAAGAGCUCAAACUUCUUCAGACUGUUCUUGUGUUAUUAACUACCAAUACAGUUGUCCAUGAUGAAGCGCUUUCAAAGGCAAUUGUGCUCUGUUUUCGGCUGCACUUCACAAAAGAUAAUAUCACAAAUAAUACUGCAGCAGCCACAGUACGGCAAGUAGUUACUGUUGUUUUUGAAAGAGUGGUUGCAGAAGAUGAACAUUAUAAAGAUAUUGUUGAACAACCAGUAGGAAUUCAAGGAAACAGUAACAGAAGAUCUGUCAGCACCUUGAAACCAUGCGCUAAAGAUGCAUAUAUGCUUUUUCAGGAUCUUUGUCAGCUUGUUAAUGCUGAUGCCCCAUACUGGCUUGUAGGCAUGACAGAAAUGACUCGAACAUUUGGCCUGGAGCUGCUUGAGUCUGUCCUCAAUGAUUUCCCACAAGUGUUUUUACAGCAUCAAGAAUUCAGCUUCCUCCUAAAAGAAAGGGUUUGUCCACUUGUGAUAAAACUCUUCUCACCAAAUAUCAAAUUCAGACAAGGUUCCAAUACUUCAUCCUCACCAGCACCAGUAGAAAAACCUUAUUUUCCUAUAUGUAUGCGCCUUUUGAGAGUUGUUUCUGUAUUGAUCAAACAGUUUUAUAGUUUGCUGGUAACUGAAUGUGAGAUCUUUUUAUCAUUGCUUGUGAAGUUUCUGGAUGCAGAUAAACCUCAGUGGCUAAGAGCCGUUGCAGUAGAAUCUAUACACAGACUUUGUGUACAACCUCAGCUGUUAAGGUCCUUCUGCCAGUCUUAUGAUAUGAAGCAGCAUUCGACCAAGGUAUUUCGUGACAUUGUGAAUGCGCUGGGAUCAUUUAUUCAAUCACUUUUUCUUGUACCAAAUACAGGAAAUGCAGCAGUUGCUGCAAGCCAAACAGGAGGCAAUGUGCCUGUUAGUACAGCCUCAGCACAGACCAAUCCAGGAAUGUUAGGAAUGAGUGGAGGUGUAACUGUAUUGCCAGCUUUUGAAUAUAGAGGUACCUGGAUACCUAUCCUCAGUAUAUCUGCACAAGGCAGUGCUAAAGCUACCUACCUAGAAAUGUUGGACAAAGUUGAACCACCUACAAUUCCCGAAGGCUAUGCCAUGUCAGUAGCAUUCCAUUGUUUGCUGGAUCUUGUACGUGGCAUCACUAAUAUGAUCGAAGAAGAAUUGGGACAAGUUGAAACAGACAGUCCAAUAGCACCAAGUGAUGCACAGUCUUCACCAUCACAGUUUUCAGAUCCGCAAGAUUUUCAUUCAGCUUCUGACCAAACUGAUAAAGAAACAGUUAGCAGAGCUGUCUGGGAAGAAAUGGUGAAUGCCUGCUGGUGUGGUCUUCUUGCUGCACUGUCUUUACUUCUGGAUGCAAGCACCGAUGAAGCUGCCACAGAAAAUAUUUUAAAAGCAGAGCUGACCAUGGCUGCUCUGUGUGGAAAAUUAGGUCUUGUGACAUCAAGAGAUGCCUUUAUUACCGCCAUUUGCAAAGGUUCCUUGCCUCCUCAUUAUGCCCUAACAGUACUGAAUACUACCACUGCUGCACUUUCCAAUAAAACAUAUUCCAUACAGGGGCAGAAUGUACAGAUGAUCAGUCCAUCAAGUGAGUCUCAUCAACAAGUUGUAGCAGUAGGACAGCCACUCGCUCUGCAACCACAAGGAACAGUAAUGCUUACUUCUAAGAAUAUACAGUGCAUGAGGACGCUACUUAGCUUGGCUCAUUGCCAUGGAGCUGUUCUUGGUACAUCAUGGCAGCUUGUCUUGGCUACUCUCCAGCAUCUUGUAUGGAUUCUUGGUCUAAAACCAGGUGUGGGGGGUGCUUUAAAGCCUGGAAGAGCUGUAGAAGGGCCUAGCACUGUUCUGACUACAGCUGUUAUGACUGAUUUGCCAGUUAUUUCCAACAUACUUUCUAGGCUGUUUGAAAGCUCACAGUAUCUUGAUGAUGUUUCAUUGCAUCAUUUAAUAAAUGCACUUUGUUCGUUAUCUCUGGAAGCCAUGGACAUGGCCUAUGGAAAUAAUAAGGAGCCAUCCCUCUUUGCUGUUGCUAAAUUGCUGGAAACAGGACUUGUUAACAUGCACCGAAUUGAAAUUUUGUGGAGACCACUGACUGGUCAUCUCUUAGAGGUUUGCCAGCAUCCAAACUCACGGAUGAGGGAAUGGGGAGCAGAAGCUUUAACUUCUCUCAUUAAAGCUGGGCUAACAUUUAACCAUGAACCUCCACUCUCUCAAAACCAGAGACUUCAGUUGCUGCUGCUAAAUCCAUUGAAAGAACUGUCCAACAUUAAUCAUCCUGAUAUAAGACUUAAACAGCUAGAAUGUGUGCUACAAAUUUUGCAGAGCCAGGGUGACAGUCUAGGACCUGGGUGGCCCUUAGUUCUUGGAGUCAUGGGAGCAAUCAGAAGUGAUCAAGGGGAGUCUCUAAUACGGACUGCAUUCCAGUGCCUACAGUUGGUUGUGACCGACUUUUUGCCAACGAUGCCGUGUACUUGUCUACAGAUCGUUGUAGAUGUUGCUGGAAGUUUUGGCCUUCACAAUCAAGAAUUAAACAUUAGCUUAACAUCAAUUGGUCUCUUGUGGAAUAUUUCAGACUAUUUCUUCCAAAGAGGUGAAAUGAUUGAAAAGGAAUUGAACAAAGAGGAAGCAGUGCAACAGAAGCAAGCUGAAGAAAAGGGAAUAACCCUGAACCGUCCUUUCCAUCCAGCACCACCAUUUGACUGCCUCUGGUUGUGUUUGUAUGCCAAGCUGGGGGAGCUCUGCGUAGAUCCUCGGCCAGCAGUUAGAAAGAGUGCUGGGCAAACCUUAUUCUCCACAAUUGGCGCUCAUGGAACAUUACUUCAGCAUUCAACAUGGCACACAGUUAUAUGGAAGGUUCUCUUUCAUUUGCUGGAUCGAGUGCGAGAGUCUUCUACAACAGCUGAUAAAGAAAAGAUUGAGUCUGGUGGUGGUAAUAUCCUCAUCCACCACUCAAGAGAUACAGCAGAGAAACAGUGGGCUGAGACAUGGGUCUUAACGUUGGCUGGAGUGGCUAGAAUAUUCAACACAAGGAGAUAUUUGUUGCAGUCCUUAGGAGAUUUUUCUCAAGCUUGGGAUGUUCUUCUUGAUCACAUUCAGUCAGCUGCACUCAGCAAAAACAAUGAAGUUUCUCUGGCUGCUUUGAAGAGUUUUCAGGAAAUCUUGCAAAUUGUGUCUCCUGUUAGAGAAAUGGAAAAACCUGACACACCACCUGCUAUUAAUGUACCUGUGCCUGUCCUCAUAGGAACAGUGACUGCCACUGGUCUUGGAAGAUCUUUUAUGAGAACUGAUUCUAUAGGAGAAAGGAUUGGAAGGUAUAAUGCAACUGAGCCUCCUGCAGUGACAGAUGAAAUAGAAGACUUGGAUCUCUGGUGGGCUGCCUGGAACAGCUGGUUUAGGAUUGGCUCAGAGAGUACAAAGCCUCCGGUUUCCUGUGAUAAAAUGACCUUUAUUCCCAGCCAGCCUUUUCUUACAGCUUUAAUACAGAUUUUUCCAGCCCUUUAUCAGCACAUCAAAACAGGCUUCAGCAUGGACGAUCUCCAAAAACUGGGUGUCAUUCUACAUGGUGCUAUCUCUGUUCCAAUCAGUUCGGAUGCGUCCCCUUUCAUCCUGCCAUCAUAUACAGAGGCAGUUCUGACAAGUUUGCAAGAAGCAGUUCUUACAGCUUUAGAUGUUUUACAAAAGGCCAUUUGUGUAGGUUCGGAAAGCAUGCAGAUAAUGUAUCCUGCCAUCUUUGAUCAGUUGUUAGCAUUUGUUGAAUUUUCUUGUAAACCACCACAAUAUGGACAACUAGAAACUAAGAACAUUGCAAAUGCAAAAUACAAUCAGAUACAACUGUUUGCACCGGCGGAAUGGGUAGCAUUGAAUUAUGUGCCAUUUGCUGAAAGAUCCUUAGAAGUUGUUGUAGACCUGUACCAAAAAACAGCUUGCCACAAAGCUGUUGUAAAUGAGAGGGUCCUUCAAAAUAUUAUCAAGACCUUGAGGAUGCCGCUUAGUCUGAAAUAUGCUUGCCCUUCAGAAAGCACAUGGAAACUGGCUGUUUCUUCUCUUCUAAAAGUUCUAUCCAUUGGGCUUCCUGUUGCAAGACAGCAUGCUUCCUCUGGAAAAUUUGAUAGUAUGUGGCCAGAGUUGGCCAACACUUUUGAAAACUUUUUAUUUACAAAAAGUUCACCUCCAGAUAAUCUUUCUAUCCAAGAGUUUCAAAGAAAUGAAAGCAUUGAUGUUGAAGUGGUACAGCUCAUCAGCACAGAAAUACUUCCAUAUGCUAAUUUUAUUCCCAAGGAGUUUGUUGGUCAGAUUAUGACUAUGCUCAAUAGAGGCUCCAUACAUUCACAGUCUUCUUCAUUUACAGAGGCAGAAAUAGAUAUUCGUAUGCGAGAGGAAUUUUCCAAAAUGUGUUUUGAAACAUUGCUUCAGUUUUCAUUCAGUAAUAAAGUAACUACUCCUCAAGAAGGCUACAUUUCACGAAUGGCGCUUUCCGUUCUCUUAAAGCGAUCUCAAGAUGUACUGUAUCGUUACAUAGAAGAUGAAAGGCUGAGUGGUAAAUGUCCACUUCCACGGCAACAAGUCACAGAAAUAAUAUUUGUGUUAAAAGCUGUUAGUACCCUCAUAGAUUCUCUUAAAAAGACUCAGCCAGAAAAUGUUGACGCUAACACGUGGGCACAAGUUAUUGCUUUGUACCCGACACUGGUAGAAUGUAUCACCUGCUCAUCUUCAGAGGUCUGCUCUGCACUCAAAGAGGCUUUAGUUCCUUUUAAGGACUUCAUGCACCCACCAGCAUCCAAGGUACAGAAUGGAGAGUCCUGACGAAAUAAUUUUUAAAAACUCUUUUGAAGAAAAAAUGCAUCGAUUAAAAAAUUGUUUUGUUCUGAUGUGAGACAUCUUUAAGGAAAUCUCAUGUGACUUACACUUGGCAAGCAGUGUUGGCCGCCUUUAAACUGUACUAACCAGAACUCUGUGAUUCAUAUCACGUCAAGCUUGCAUCUGAAAUGUUUCUGGGUAAGCAACAGUGCAGGCCUUUGACUGACUGAGUGGAAUCCAUUUUAAAGUACAGUACUUGCUACAGUAACUUGAAGUGGUGAUUGAAAAGUGGGCUUAUGUACAGCUUGUUGUUGUGUGUAUUAAUGAUGUAAUUAAGAAGAAACUUUGAUUCAUCCGGAUUUAUUAAGCAGGUGUUUUGCACCAGUUUUUUUCUAGUACAAAGUUGUACUAAAAUUUUAUGCAAGAUGGUACUGUAACAUUCCACAUUAUCUGUAACCAGCCUUUGUAAACAAAGGGAAGAUGUACUUGCCUGUAUAAUAAAUCAUAUAGUUUCUGUAAAAAAAAGUUGCAUUUAUUAUUUAAAAUUCUUUUUAAACAUUGAUAAUGUUAAAUGCUUGAAAAUGUAUUUAUUAUAUGAAUACUAAGUUGUAUGCUUGCAUUUUACUUAAUAUUUGCCUUCUUUGUUGGCAGAUAUGCUCAUUCAUAUCUGAUCAUGCAACUGAUUUUUUUCCUCUUUAUUUUUGGCAUAUUUGAAUGUAUCUUACUGUGGCCAAUGAAUAAUAAUGCUACUAACAGGUUGUAUGAAUAAAGAUAGCGGCAAACAGUCUGUGAGCUGCCAUUUUGAAAUAAAUAGGCAGAAAAUUGCUGUGUAGCACUCAAACACUACCAUACCUCAGUUUGCUAAAUAUUUUAUUGUACAGUAAUCCUUUUUUUGAAGUUUUGCUUUUUUUAAGCUUUUCAUUUGAAACAUAUAUGUAAUUGUUUUGUUUUGUCCCAAAAUGGCAUUGGUCACUAUUUUUGAAUUACAACUAAAGCAAGAUGACUUCAAAUAUCAGCAAUAUUUUACUUGCAUUUUAUGUCAUUGUUUGAAUAAUCUUAAAUGCUUUGUUUUGUAAUGUCUUUUUUGAUCUGAAGAAUAACUGUUUUACUCUGGAUAUAGUAUGUGUGUGAUAAAAACUAAGAAAUGUAUUUUUGAAGAUAGUUUAGAGAUAGAGUAAACUGUCAUGAAACACAGUUGUUUGUUUCCCUUUACUAUAUCAUGCAGCUAGUAGGUAUUUCCUGUAAGACCUUUUCAUUGCUGCAGAAAUUUUCACAGCUAGCCACACUACUUAAAUUUUAAUGAUUUUAUAUCGGUAACAACGUUAACCAGAUGCAUAUUUUUUUCAUUUAUCUGUUACCUUCUAUGAAAAGGUAAUACGUAGUUAAAUAGUAACUUAUCAGAGAGAUGUCACAUUUUACAGAGUUGCAACAUAUCACUAAGGUAAGUACACAUUUCAUUAGCUACUCUUACAUGGUACAGACUUGUGUUCUUUAAUUUUUUUCUUUCAAAGACUCCAUCACAACAAUAACAGUUUAUUGUACUUUGUUAACUUGCACCUUUUGCCUAUUGAGACAAUAUUAACAAAAAGGCAAAAAUGUAUACAGAAAACCUUUUUAUUUCUAUACGCCUUUUAUUUAAAAAAAUAUUUUAAAAAAUCACUUGUAGCUACUCUCUCAUAGUCAUUCCCAUAAUUUCAUUCAGGGUGGCUAAUUAGAGAAGGUUUUCUAAGGGCAGAUACAUAUGAGGUAAGUUAAUAUUCUGCUAUUUGAUUCCAAUCAUCAAUAGGACUUUAAAGAUAAACACUGACAUUUUGAAUAGGGCUGAAGAAGUGGAAGACAGUGCAACUAAGAAAGUAGUGCAGCUUUAUGAUCCCAUCACCCAGGGAUCAUAAAAGAGGGGGGGUGCCUUUGCCCUCCUCUGAGACUGAGAGAGUGUGACUCACCCAAUGUCAUGCAGAGGGAUUUGAAUCCUGGUCUCCAAAGUCAUACCCCAGUGUACAAACCACUGCACCAUUUUGCUUCUCUUGUAAAUAACACAGGAUAAAACCAAGUCUGGUGAAAGCCAGUUAUAAAAGCGCCACAGAACAACACGAUAAUUCCCCUGCACUACCGAGAGUGCCCAUUAAAGUUGCAACAAUAAUUGUAAAAGAGGCCUCCAAAUAAUCAUAAUUAUAAUGAUAUAUUGAGAUCAAACAGAACCUCAGCAGAGGACAUCCCUCAGGGCAGCCAAGGUGACAUCAAAUCAAUUAAAUUAAUUUAAAACAUCAAUGAUCUAGAAAUGUCUAGUGUUGAUUGGAAGAUACUCACUUAAGCCCCUUGUCCAAGAAGGGGAUUUACUCACCAGCCUAUUGUCAUCAGCUUUAGGGACCAGAGUACUCCUCCCCCCCCCCCCAGAAACCAUGUGAUUUUUCUCUAAAACAGUGGUUCUCAACCUGUGGGUCCCCAGGUGUUUUGGCCUACAACUCCUAGAAAUCCCAGCCAGUUUACCAGCUGUUGGGCUUUCUGGAAGUUGAAGGCCAAAACAUCUGGUGACCCACAGGUUGAGAACCACUGCUCUAAAAGAAAAAUCUAGCACUACUUUUGUCAAGGAGGGAAACCAUAACUUUUUGGACCCAAUUGCCUAUUAUCUCCACUCAUAUGCCAAAAUAAUCCAUGGUUUUUGAAAUACACCUGAGCCCCUUGACCUCAUUUCUCUGGUUCCUUUGCCAGUUCUUCAUUGCUCAGCCUCCUUACAUCUGAGAAAUAAGAGAAAACUGCACCAAGGACUGUGCUCGUCCUUUCUCCCUCCACUGUUGGAAUGCAACAAAUAUUGACAGUGGUUGUGUUGUUUUGUGUUGUUUCAUGUAUCUAUGGCCGGCAUGAGCAAACUUCAGCCCUCCAGGUGUUUUGGGCCUCAACUUCCAGAAACCCCAGCCAGCUUACUGGCUGUUAGAAAUUGUGGGAGUUGAAGUCCAAAACACCCGGAGGGCCAAGGUUUGCCCAUACCUGAUGUAAGAUCUUGCAUGACAAGAGUCAACAUGAGGAUUUGGCCCCCAGUGAUAAUGGUUAUAAUGCCGUGCCUUAGGUGAGAAUGAUUUUCUUGCAAGUGGCAAUAAUAUGGUUUGAAUGAAAAUUCAUAGAGCUCAGAAGAGAUGUAUUGUAAAAAAGGAAGUAUAAUAAGAAACAACAUCAUCUAUAACUUGCAGCAUUUAGCCAGCCUUCUCUUGUUAUUCGGUUACCUCUAGUUGUGGGAGUAGAAAUAGCUGGCAAAUCUUUAGGUCAGUUACAUAUUAGGAGUGUAGGAUGUGCCAACAAUGUGCUUAAGUUUCCAAAUGAAUUCAGUGUGUUCCUUUCCCCCAUUUCCAAACCCCAGAGCCCCCCCCCCCCUGGAGUAUUUUAAAUAUGUACAAUGUGAGGCCAGAGAUUCAGCCACAUGUAGCCAAUGGAGUUACUGAUGGUUAGUUAUGUAUGAUGACUUGAGUGAUGAGUUAUACCACAUCUUAUUUAAAUGUGUGAAAAUCAAAAUGUAUGAAAAUGUUGCUAUCUACAGCCACUUAGGUUGAUAUAGGUCCAUUUGCAGGGUCACCAGGUGAAUGUUGUCAUUUCUAUCAUUGUAAAUGUUUUGCCCUAAAUGUGAGAUUGCUAAAACACUAGUUUACAUAACACUAUUUUAAGUAGGGAAAAUUAAUUAUGAUUGGCUCCUUUUCUUUGAUUAUACUGUGUCGGCCAACCAUAUUUGUCCACUUAUUUUAAAGUACUGAAUGUUCUGCAAAAGCUGUAAUAUUCAAAACUUACACAAGACCAUCUUAUUUGUUGCUUUCUGCUACUUCCAAUGCAUUUAUAAAAAUCAAUGUAGUAAUGUACAUGAACUACCUCACAAAAUGCAUCAAUGUAGUGGUCUUUGGAUUGGAAGUACUGUAGUUGUAGUUUGCAAGCCAUCAGCUGCCAAAUGAUAGAAAUUUCUAUAACAAAGAGAAACAGUUGUAGUCAAUGGACUCAAAUAUGGUACUGGUCUUUCAGUCCUAUGGGAUUUUAGUUUCAUGGGUUGCAUUCCGGUGUUGCUAUAAUAAAUGAGAGACAAUGGGCACAAAUCGAGCAGUAUUCUCUAGUCUUGUGAAAGCAGAAGAUCUAGAUUUGUGUUGGUUCCCAUAGGAAGCAUAGAAUUUCUCUCUCAGUCCAAACCAGCCUCUCUAGAAUAUCUGUUGUCAUUUACAUGAAAUCAUUUAUAGUAUUGGGAGGGAGAAGGGACAGAAAUAUAGCCUCACAUGAUUUGUAGCAGUGGUGCAGUAAUUUUUAUAUUUAUUCAGUUCAAUUAUUGAACAUGGACAAACAGCUUAAGUAACAGUCCUUUUGACAUAUGGGAGGCAGGUUAGAGAGGGUUUUAAGGCUUGGCCAUUUUUAAAAUAAAUAAAAUAAAACUAACACCCUCAAGGUUAUUGGAUGAAAAGACAGCAUGUAAGUAUAAUUAAUAAGGUGCUGGGCUAUUACUAUUAGAAAAGAGCUAGCCAGCGGGGCAUUAUUAGUACUUUUAUUUAUAUAAUAAAUAUGGUUACUAGCUAGCUUGCUUGUAGUGAUUUAGUCAGUCCCUUUCCAUAGAUGGUACAGAUACAAUUUUUAAAAGUCUACCAUAAAUUAUUAAAAAAAAUUGUUCAUUGGUUGUGUAACUGUAAAUAAUCUUAACUGUCUUUUUUCCUUGUUUUGCAUAGCCUGUGAAGUAUGAAAAAGAACAGAUGCUUACUAAAUUGCAGUUUGAUUUAAUUUGUUCCAGACUCUAUAGAUGAUUACAACAGUCCAGUUUUACAGAGGAUAACCAAAGGGCUGCCCAAUCCAAGCCAUUUAAAAAUUAAACAAACCUUAAGCAGAGACAGAAGAGUCUGUGGCAUCCUAAAAAUGAACAUUUAUAAAUCUACAAAGUGAAAGAAACUAUCUUAAAGCUGCCCAUAGUUUAGCACACACCGAGGAAUAUAAUGCAGUACAGGUUAGGGUUGGUUUCCCAUAUCCACAGAUUCUGUAUCCACAGACUUCAACCAUCCAUGGCUUGGGAAAAAUGUUUUAAUACAAAAAAACAAACCUUGUUUUUGUCAAUGUAUAUAAGUCUAAAAAUGAUAUGCAUGUAUGUCUCAUAGAUCUUUUACAUAGCCUGAAGGUAAUGUAAUUCAUAAUAUUUUAAAUCUAGUAUGUCCAUGAAACAUUGCAUGCACGGAACCAUCAGAAAGCAGAGGUGCAUCUAUCUCAGCCAUUCAUGUGGACAAUAAUAUAACAUUAAUAAUAAUAAUAAUGGAUGCUCAACCUGUUGGUGAAGGUUAUCAUGGCCGGAAUUACUGGGGAAUACCAGGCAUGAAAUAAUCAGGGCCAGCUAACACUUCCCAACAAAGGAUUCCCCUAGGCAGGAAUCAGCCAGGCUUUGAAACUGCACGGUUAUUCAAUGCCGAUCAAGGUGGCCGAUUUCAACAUUCACACUUGCCACAAACAGAUAAGAGUUCUUUCUCCUACCCUGGACAUUCCACGGAUAUAUAAACCCCAAUAGACGAAGACGCAUGCCACAGGUGUGGGCGAAACGUCAGGAGAAUGCUUCUGGAACUGGCCACAUAACCCGGAAAACUCACAGCAACCUGUCUCUAUUCCGACUUCUUCAAGUAUUCUUGAGCGUUUAGUUACCUAUUAACGUGGUCAAGAGGGAGCAGAAGGUGAAAGGCCCAUCCUCCACAAACGUUAGCUCCUGUACAGUUUCGUGUAGGCCUGAACUACAUCUCCCAUGACUUCUCAGCCGUCUCGCAGCCUUGGGAAGUUUUCCCGCCUCUUUUUCUCUCCCCCCCCUUCAAACGGCGAGUGAAAGCAGUCCAGUUGCCCGGAUGUUGAGGCGGCCAGAAGGAAUGCUGUUGAGGAAGGCGGAGAGAGGAGAGGCCCUGCCUAUUCUGCUCGCCCCCCCUGCUUUUUCCUUGUUCAAAAUGGCGCCGGCGGCCUAUGACGGGUGAGUCUGGUCACGUGGUUGAAGCCUUUUUCCCCCCUCCCCAUCUCUAUGGUUUGGUCAGUAGGAGACAGAGAAGGAAGAGACGGGUGAGGUCCUCCUGAGACGCUGAGAGAGACGGGGAGGGCCUUUAUGACCCUUCAUUGGGAGAAUGAGGGAGAAGGAGAAGAAAUGGCGGGAGGGAGGCAGACAGUUAAAUGCGCCUCAGAGAGGAACUGAGGCGAGUCCCGAAAUGGCGCCUUUGGGCCUCGCCUGUGGAAGCCAGCAAGAGGAAGCUUUUGAGACGGAGGAGGCAAAAUGUCCGAAGGAACCUAAAGGAAGGCGGAGAGAAGAGGCGGGCUUCCCCAUCUCCCACCUCGCCCCUUUCCUCCCUCUCCCAGCCCCAUCUUUCCCUCCUUUCCCCUUCAUGAAAGGCCUGGGCGGGGCUUGCUUGUCCAGGCCAAGGAGAGGGCCUGCAUGGUGUCUGCUGCAGAUCGAGGAUGAGGAGAAUGCCUUCUUUCGGUCGAAAUGUGGUUCCCACCACCAUCGCCGCAACCGUUCCUUUGAUAUUUUCUUCUCCCUUCAAGAUGGAUGGGUCGGGCGCACCACGGCCCUGGCUGAGGUAGUAGUUUGUGCUGUUGGUCGGGUUGUGACAUUGCCCGCUGUGGAGAUAACUGCGCAAGCUACUGCCUUGCUAGUGCUGGUGAUGAUCGGCUGCGGAGGAAGACGCUGGAGGAUAUGAAGAUCCCCUUUGGGUUGCUGUGAGUUUUCCGGGCUGUGUGGCCAUGUUUCAGAAGCAUUCUCUCCUGACGUUUCGCCCACAUCUGUGGCAGGCAUCCUCGGAGGUUGUGAAGUUUGUUGGAAACUAAGCAAGGGAGGUUUAUAUAUCUGUGGAAGGUCCAGGGUGGGAGAAAGAGCUCUUAUCUGUUGGAGGCAAGUAUGAAUGUUGCAAUUAGUAUUGAGUGUUGCAAUUAGCAAUUAAUCACCUUGAUUAGCAUUGCAAAGCCUUGCAGUUCCAAAGCCUGCUUGAUUCCUGUCUGAGGGAAUCCUUUCCAGACAUGAAACAAUCUGGGCCAGCUGACACCUCCCAACAAAGUAUUCCUUCAAGCAGGAAUCAUCCAGGCUUUGAGGCUGCAAGGCUUUUCAAUGCUAAUCAAGAUGAUUAAUUUCAACUUUCACACUUCCACAAGGCAGGAGGCCUUUCUUCCAAUUUGGACCUUCCACAGAUAUAUAAACCUCACUUACUUAGUUUCCAAGAAAACCACAUCUGAGGAUGCCUGCCAUAGAUGUGGGUGAAAUGUCAGGAGAGAAUGCUUCUGGAACAUGGCCAUACAGCCUGGAGAGCUCACAGCAACCCAGUGAUUCAAGCCAUGAAAGCCUUCGACAACACAAGAUCCCUUUUGUUUCCUCUGAGAGAGUUGUUUGCUUUUGAUUGGGAUGCGAGGCUUUCUCAUUGUUCAGGGGUGGCAUAUGUUUGAGGGCCCUUCCACACAGCCAUAUAACCCAGAAUAUCAAAGGCAGAUAGAUCAUCCACAAUAUCUGCUUUGAACUGGGAUACCUGAGUCCACACUGACAUAUAAUUCAGUUCAAUGUGAAUUUUAUACAGCUGUAUGGAAGGGCCCUUAAUCUCCUUUAGGAGAGGAAAGCAGGAUUAUUGUUUCUUUGAAGGAUCUGAUCUUGAACCACCUGAGUACAUUUGUGUCGUCUCUCAGCAAAUACCUCAUUUUUAAAAUAUGUCAGUUUUGCAUCAGUAAUAGACUGACAAUUGUGUUGUCGAAUUGCUAUUUCAUAAAAUUGUUGCAUGUUGACAUCACUGAUCUUUUGUGGAAAGCUGGUAUGUGUUGUAUACCUUGCAUGUGGUAACAUCUCACAACUUAGAUUGUCUUUAGAUGUGUAACAAUAUAUACCCAGGUUAGGUAUAUGCACCUUGAAGCAAAUGAAUUAAAUAUACAUCCUGUAACUGAUGACUUUCAGAUAUAUUUGAGUUGUAAUUACAAUUGAAAUUUGAGUUUGAGGGGCACAUGAAUCAAACACAUUUUAAGAUACUAAUGUUGAGUGCCCUUUGUGUAGUGUUUCUUUAGACUGUACUGCUGCAUAUAAGAAAUGCCUUUGUAUAUACUUGAGAAAAUCUUGAAAAUCUUUUAAGUUUCAGAAAAGAUAAUUCAAAUUAUUAUUUUUUUAGUUUUGUAACGUGAACGUAGCUUUCUUUAUAGUGAAAGAUGCUAUGAGGUUUAGAUUUAGAAUUUACUUAAACUGGCUAGUGUCUCAAAAAUCCUGUCUCUGUGUAUAGUAUUCCAAAAGCAUGAAGAGUAAUAAUAAAAAAGUAAACUAAUAUGCUAAUAUCAAAAAUUUCUAACUGUAUCGAUUCACAAAAGCAAAAAUAUCUAAUGAAGAAUGUAUCAAAAUUGUUUGGAGAGGAAUUGUAUUUUUAGAAACCUAAAGCUAUACAACUCUUAGUUCAUCUUUAAUAAUUGUGUGUUUUUGUGUGUAUGUAUCAGAUCUCUUCAAAGAGUUGUAAUAUGGUUAUUUUAUGCAAGACAUAAUGGAAAAAACAAAACUGAAAUAACCAGAUUGUAUGAUUACUAUAGAUACUGUCACAUUGUUAAACUGAAAUUUGUUUUGCAACAAUAAAUAUAAAGUUACUUAUUAGAA